CCGGCUCGGUUCGCUGCCCGCUGGAAAUAAAGAAACGUCACUAAAAUGGCGCCAAAAGAUUAAGUUCGGAGGCGCUCGGCUGUGCGCCGAACCUGGGGGCUCGUGCGGGACGAGAAAGAAAGUUCGGGCCGUCGCCGCCGACCCGCGCGCGACGUCUUAUCGGAUAUAUUUAGCCUAUAAAUGGUUUUUAUUUUAAGGUUAUUCGUUUCUCCCCCCACUGGGGUUAAUGAAGGCGCCAUAAGGCGAACUACACGCAAUACGAAGGAGCGCCGAACCUGGGCUACUAACUAGGACAGCUGGCCGUGCACUUUGAAGCCGUUGCGGGGAGGAAAUGUAAUGCAAGUCCGAGUAUUGAAUUUGGAAUAAGGACGGCAGUCGCCUGUGAGCUGAUAAGGCACACCAUGUCUGCAACAGAGCUGGUAAUGAGAGAAAUCGGCAGAGUUGAGAACCCAGCGCUGCUUGCCUAGACGUCUGACCAUGAAGCGCAGCAAACACCCCAGCAGCAGCGAUGAGUCCGAUGAUGGAAGCAGCUCCACCUCCUGGUCCCAGAGUUCUAAGUCCCAUCUCAGGAGAAACACAUGGCCUAGAGCCGAGAUUAGGAAACCCUCUGAGGUCUUCAGGACGGACCUCAUCACGGCCAUGAAGCUGCAUGACUCUGUCCAGCUGAACCCGGAGGACUUCUUCAUCCUGCUCGACUCGUGGAGACAGGAAUGGGAAAAGGGGGUGCAGGUUCCCGUCAGUCCGAACUCCAUUCCACGACCUCUGGUCCGGGCCACUUUCGACAAAACCAAAGCUAUCAUGUUCAGCCGGCCCAAGAAGCUGAUCCGCUCGUCAGGAUCCGAGCCGCCGCCUUUGGGCUAUGUGGGACUGCACGCCCUCGCCGAGGCCACAUGUCGCUACGACCUGUGCGAGUUGGACUUGGCCUGGCUGGAGAUAGCCAAUGAGGAGUUCCGUGAGAUGGGACUGCAGAUCAUCGAUGAGCUGACGAUGGAGCGAGUCAUGGAGGAGUUUGAGCAGCGUUGCUACGACAACAUGAGCCACGCCAUGGAGACGGAGGAAGGACUGGGCAUCGAAUAUGACGAAGAUGUUGUGUGCGACGUCUGUCAGUCUCCUGACGGGGAAGAUGGCAACGAGAUGGUUUUCUGUGACAAGUGCAACGUCUGCGUCCAUCAGGCCUGCUACGGCAUCCUGAAGGUUCCCGAGGGCAGUUGGCUCUGUCGGACCUGUGCCCUGGGUGUGUCGCCCAAAUGCCAGCUCUGCCCCCGGAAGGCAGGCGCCAUGAAGCCGACGCGCAGCGGCAGCAAGUGGGUCCACGUCAGCUGUGCACUCUGGAUCCCAGAGGUGAGCAUCGGGAACCCUGAGAUGAUGGAGCCCAUCACCAACGUGUCCCACAUACCCAGCAACCGCUGGGCUCUGCUCUGCUGCCUGUGUCAGGAUAAGACCGGCGCGUGUAUCCAGUGCUCCGCCAAGAACUGCCGGACGGCGUUCCACGUCACCUGUGCCCUGCACUGCGGCCUGGAGAUGAACACCAUCCUCACGGAGACCGACGAGGUCAAAUUCAGGUCCUUCUGCCUCAAGCACUCCAGCAAGCUGAGGGCCGGGCGUGAGGACGGCAGGGGUGUGACAGCGGCGACCCUGCAGGCCGGAGGCCAGUAUGAGCCGACCGGCAGUGGCCGCAAGAUGAAACUACAGCAGCUGGAGGAUGAGUUCUUCCGCUUUGUGGUGCCGGGCGAUGUGGCCCGGUGCUUGAGUCUGUCGGAACAGCUUGUGGACUUCCUGUACCAGUACUGGAAGCUGAGGAGGAGAGCAAACUUCAACCGGCCGCUUCUUACACCCAAGAGGGACGAGGAGGACAGCCUGGCCAAGACGGAGCAGGACGUGCUUCUCUGUAGACUCAGGCUCUUCACUCACUUGCGGCAGGACCUGGAGCGAGUACGUAACCUGACCUACAUGGUGACGCGCCGGGAGAAGAUCAAGCGUUCUUUGUGCCGGGUGCAGGAGCAAAUCUUCCAGCACCGCAUCAGGCUCCUGGAGGAGCCCCGGAGGGCAGCUCCCAGGGGGUCUUCCCGGAGUUCAGAGGACACCACAUUCCUCAGCUGGGCCUCCUCGCACCCCGUGAAACUGCGGCCCGGGAAACGCGCCGAACCGGCCCCGCAGAGUCAGGACCGAGGGGGGGGCGGACUCCGUGGCUCGACGAGGAGGCCCCCUGAUCAUGAGCGCGAGCUCAGCGGCACGAGGAGUCAUAGGCGAGUCACCAGGGGGCCCGAGGCUCAGCAAGCAUCAGACAGACGCAGUGGCCUUCGGGAGCGGGCCCCCCCCAAGGCCGCCCCCCCCCCGGCCCGGACACACAAGCUCUAAAUACAAUGGCCAUCUGCGGGCCAAUCCCUGUCCUGCUCUGCAGCGGCCAGCCACUGCCGUCCUGAAAAACUGGGGCACCUUCAAGAUCCCGAAGAAGAGCGGGAGGCAGACACAGGUGGAACGGGACGUGGCCCCACGUGGGCUGGCGGAGCGGAACCCCCCCGGCAGGACCCGGAGUCGUCCCUGUGCCAGGGCACAGCUGGCAAACUCCGACGUGGGGACAAAGGGGAAGUGCCAUGUGCCCAUCACACGCCGCUACGGCUCGGACAUCAUGCCCCGCGGCAUCCUGGCCUCGUGAAUGCCGGCCCUGACCUCUGACCCUUGCCCUUUUGGGCCUCCAAAAAAAAGAGAAACUUCAAUCACAGAUUCCAUCAAAGAGCUGGUAUUUAUUUUUUAUUUUAUGUAUUUUUACAUCGUCUUUCUUCCGUGUGCAGCUUCGAGUCCUGCUCGUUUCCCCAGUGCCUAGAAAUGUAUCCCCAGCCUACGAUCACAUUCUGCACCCGAAGCGUCCGCAGAGGCGACCUCCUGAAGCGAGGAGCUGGUCUCUGUCCGUGGCUGACGGUCUCCGUGUGGGACAGCUAGUGGGCGCCUCCGGGUGGCGCUACUGAGCACGUGUUAUCGUGCUGACUGAGAGCAGUGGAGCGAGGCGUGCUAAAGUGUUAGUGUGCAAGCUCAGUGCAGAGUCUGACGUAGCCAAUAACUUAUUGGUUCCUGUAAGGACCUGUGACACUGUAAAUUUCCAAAAAAAAGUGUAAAGAAUCACAGUAAUUUAAUAAGCUUUAUUUAAAUGAAUGUCCUUAUAAUUUGACAGGAUUUUCUACUUUAAAUUGAAAAGAACUGGACACUUUAUGGAGCCCUUAGUGAACUUGUUCGCUAAUUGGCGCCAGCAUGCCUUCAGGGUUGUUGCUUUUUCUCUCUCUCUCUCUCUCUCUCUCUCCUCUCUCUCUCUCU